AUGACUGUCACUUACUCCAGUAAAGUAGCAAAUGCAACUUUUUUUGGAUUUCAUAGGUUGCUCCUCAAGUGGAGAGGCAGCAUCUACAAGCUGCUGUACAGGGAAUUUAUUGUUUUUGCUGUUCUCUACACAGCUAUCAGUCUGAUGUACAGAUUGUUACUUACAGGAGCCCAAAAACGUUACUUUGAAAAAUUAUCAAUUUACUGUGACAGAUAUGCUGAACAAAUUCCAGUAACCUUUGUGCUUGGGUUUUAUGUCACUCUGGUGGUGAACCGGUGGUGGAAUCAGUUCGUGAAUCUGCCUUGGCCGGACAGGCUCAUGUUCCUCAUCUCCAGCAGCGUUCACGGGAGCGACCAGCACGGGCGCCUGCUCAGAAGGACGCUGAUGCGCUACGUCAACCUCACGUCCCUCCUCAUCUUCCGCUCGGUGAGCACAGCCGUGUACAAAAGGUUCCCGACCAUGGACCACGUGGUCGAAGCAGGUUUUAUGACAGCCGAUGAAAGGAAAUUAUUUGACCACCUCAAAUCUCCUCAUCUGAAAUACUGGGUUCCCUUCAUUUGGUUUGGAAAUCUUGCAACUAAAGCCCGGAAUGAAGGCAGAAUAAGAGACAGCGUAGAUCUGCAAUCGCUGAUGACUGAGAUGAAUCGGUACCGCUCUUGGUGCAGCCUCUUAUUUGGUUAUGACUGGGUCGGCAUUCCACUGGUUUACACACAGGUUGUCACUCUCGCCGUCUACACGUUCUUCUUCGCGUGCCUGAUUGGACGGCAGUUCCUGGAUCCCACCAAAGGCUAUGCAGGGCAUGACCUGGAUCUGUACAUUCCAAUCUUCACCCUCCUCCAGUUCUUCUUCUAUGCAGGAUGGCUCAAGGUUGCUGAGCAGCUGAUCAACCCUUUUGGGGAAGAUGAUGAUGAUUUUGAAACGAACUGGUGCAUUGACAGAAACCUGCAGGUCUCUCUUUUAGCUGUGGACGAAAUGCACAUGAGUCUACCCAAGAUGAAGAAGGACAUUUACUGGGACGAUUCUGCGGCUCGGCCACCGUACACACUGGCAGCUGCUGAUUACUGUAUACCCUCAUUUCUGGGCUCAACAGUUCAAAUGGGGCUGUCGGAGUCCGACUUCCCCGAAGAGGCCUGGCUGUGGAACUAUGAGAAGCACGGCCACCACCGACACUCAGUGAUGAGGAGAGUCAAGCGCUUCCUGAGCACCCACGAACACCCCGGCAGCCCCAGGAGGAGGAGGAGUUUCGGCAGGCAGGCCAGCGACAGCUCCAUGUUCUUCCCACACAGCCCGGCUCGGGAUCUGCUGGACGUGCCUUCAAGAAGCCCCAGCCGAGGCUCACCCACCCGGAAGCAAUCCCCCUCCCGAGAGGGCAGCCCUAAGCUGCACUCCAGCAUGGGAGAACUGUCCACCAUCCGGGAGACCAGUCGCGCCAGCACUCUGCAGAGCCUGAGCCCUCAGUCCAGUGUGAGGGCCUCUCCUACCAAAAUGCCCCAGGUCCCCGAGGUCCUGAUCACAGCAGCCGAAGCACCGGAGUCCUCAGCAGACGGCCAUCAUCAUGACUCCACCGCCUCCAUCCUGAGCCUCGAGUUCACUGGGGUGCAGCCAAGCACUACCGAGCAGCACACAGACCCGGCGGGAAAGGCGGCACCGCCCGGAGACCUCAAUCCCCAGACUGUUUCAACCGGCACUGAAAGAGACUUGUUCAAGUUCGAGGAAGAUCCAGAUGACGACAGAUUCCUCAAACGGUGGAGCCUUCCAGAGUUGCCGGAGUCCAGGCACACCUCCCAGGGAAACUUAGGUCCAGAUCCUUUGAAUCCCGGGGCUGCUUUUUCACUUGACACAGAAACAGCCUCAGAGACUGGUGCAAUCCAUUCUGGGGCUGGCUCUGGGGUCUCUCCCGACAUCCUGUACUUGAUGGAAGGCUUGGAUAAGGAAACAGACAUCCUGGAGUUUAACAACGAGCACACUGAAGAAUCCCCUAAAGGAAUGACCCAGCGCCCCAGAACCUGGUUCUAG